AUGGAGCUCACACCAAACACCAGCCCAAGGGAAGCCAAUAGCCCGGGGGAUACGCAGCAACGUGCUGGAGCUGCCAAAUCCAAAGCCACCAUCAGAGCGUCUCUUGCCUGUGUGCCCUGUCGAUCAAAGCACGUCAAGUGUGACUCAGCCUUGCCAACCUGCCUAAGAUGCCGCUUAGAGGAGAAGAUCUGCUACUACGCAAAGUCACGCCGAGGGAUUCGGGAUGCAAAGAAACGCAGCCUCAUCAACGAUCCUAUUGGGCCUCCCUCCAUCUCACCGGACACUCCAGUCUCCUUCCCAUCUCCCGAGGUGGCGAGCUUCGAUAUCCCAAUCAAUGUAGUCGACAAGCUACCCUGUGGAUGGUCUCUGGCCCGGAGCUCUCAUCUUCCCGACUUGAAUAUCGCGUCACCGACUUCGCUCCUCUUCGAUCUCUACUUCGCCAACUUCCACGACACCCAUCCCUGGCUCCUACCCAGGAACCAGCUAUUGAGCCGGAUACGAUCGAAUCCUGGGCCUUUCCAUUUUCUCACAAGCUGUAUCACUUAUGUGGGAUCACUCUUCUCAAAUGCUGUCUCGUCGGAGGAACUUCGAGAGAAAGCAUUCAGUCUCGCAAGUGACAGCUUGCCGAUGACUAGUUGGACAGUACAAGGCCUUCUCGUUCUCAGUGUUGCCGCUUUUGGCGAGGGUCGAUUGGACUUGAGUGCAGGUUGGAUGGACGCUGCGACUCAGAUGGCUCUCGAUCUUGGCAUGCAAGACAAGUCGUUUGCAGGUGCCGCAUCUGAUCCUUUCGUCGCAGAGAGCUCACGUAGAACCUACUGGGCGCUGUACUGGCAAGGCAACAUGCGAGCGAUGCGCGAGGACUCGCCCACUUUCAUGUUGUCCGGCAUUGUUGCAACGACUGAACUUCCUUGUGAAGAGUGGGAAUAUCAGUCAGGGGAGAUUCCACAACCGCUGUCCCUGAAGAAGUACAACGCAAGGGAUCCUAUGGAUGAAAAGAGCUAUUCAUCAUGGACGUAUCUCAUCGAUCUGUGCCGGUUGAGCACAGAGUUGAUACUCCCUAUGCCAGCACUGCCACCAGCACUAGUGUCUAACACCAUCGAUAGAGCCGACUCCAGAUUAGUCAAUUGGCUCAUCAGUCUACCUAAAUGGAAACAACAGUUGGUAGACUCGGGAGGCGCAGUUGAUAUGGUUUUGUUCCACGCGAUGGCCUACGCGCAUAGCUUGAGGAUCAAGAUGCAACUACCCAUGGAAGCGUCAGGGUUUGGCAUUCGGGACCUUCUCACACUUGGCCCGCUCUUCAAACCGCGCGACAUGACCUUCCCUCGGGUGCCGCGAUGCUCCGGCUCGCCUUACCCGUGGCUGGAAUGUUCAACCGCCCUCCAAGCAGGCCUCUCAACCAUUGGUCUCUUCAACUUCUCGCUACCACCAGCCCGGUACAGCCCGGCGUGUAUCAUCGGAUUGAGAAGAGCUGCUCUCGCACUGCUUGAUGCGAGAAUAUACGGAGGAUCCGAUUCGCCGGCUCUACGCGAAAAGCUUGAUCUCUUGCUCGGCGUUCUCAAGGUUGCCGGAGAGAUGUGGCCCAUCGCAAGAAGCAUUGGCAAUGAAGUGAGCGAUGUGUUGAGAGAGCUCAAUGCAACCAGCAAUCGUGAUAACAUCACUCAGUUGGAUUCAUGCAUGGACGCUUUCAUAACCGACAUGUCAACAUCUGGGGUAGCUCCAGAUUCUGGAAUGUUUCCGUUUCCUGAGCCAAGAACAGUGGAAGAGAUGUUCAACUGGAGUGCUGGAAUCAUGAACAUGAGAUUGUGA